AUGGAAGGUUUUGAUGAAGAAAUUGACUUUGGCAAUCCAAAAGUACAGACUGAUGAAAUGAUGAAUUUUGAUUUUACUGGCAGCCAAAACCAAGCAGAAAAUGUGUUUAAUGGCUACUCAGAUCGACCUGAUCCUUUUGAAGGUGAACAAUCUCAUGAUAUAUUUGUGGAUGAGUCUAAGGAUCCAUUUUAUGAUGAGCCUGAACCAAUUAAAACAGAUCCAAAUGGAAGACCAGGCUUAAUUCAAGAAACUUCGAUGACAAUAGAAGAUCCAGAAGAAGUUGAAAGAACUAGACUAACUCUUAUAAACAGAAAAUUAAUUUUUUUUUAAUUUAUCAUAAUUUUUUUAAAAAAUACUCACAAGGGAAAUAAGAGACCAAGAAAAUAAUGCUAGAAUGAAAAAACUGUACGAAAAAGAUGAAAAAGAAAGAAAAGGAAAAGACGAAAAAAGAGCACAAGCUAAACAAGAAUUAAAGAAAUGGUAUGAUGAUAGAAAUAAAAUGACUGAAACGAAAAGAGAUCUGAACAGAGAAGAGGAAAAAAUGAAAGCACAACAGAAAAAAGGAUACACAGAUGCAACCAGCUGGAAAAAGGUAGCGUCAAUGAUUGAUUUCAAGGAAGACAGAAAAGAUGUGGGGAGAAUGAAAUCAGUUCUCUUGAAUAAAAAGAAUGAAGGCUAA